AUGGAUAGGGUAAUUGAAUUAUUAAACUCAAAAAAAAUAUAGGAAUCUCCUGAGAAUAGAAGAUUACUUUUUAAUAAUCCUACAUACAAACCAUACUUAUUAUUAACUUACAAUGAAUUUAGAUAAUUGUUUAAAGUAGAUGAUAAUAAUGUUACUCGAUUCAAUAAAAUGAUCAUUUACACAGAGAUGGAUUACUACAACUACGUUUAUAAUCAAACUUGGGCAUAUAAAUGGUAUCCAUUGUUAUUCAAAUUUACUUUGAAUUGUGUUCGAAGGAGAUCAACAAGCAUCAUUUUUUCCUUGAUGUACUUGUACAGUGUUGAAGUAUUCUUAGAAAAAUUAUGUCUAUUUUAAUACGUGGAUGACAAAAUAAUAGAUGCCUCUGAAUAUUUCACAGCAGCUCUUUCCAAAGAAAAAAGUAAUCCUCAUCAAUAGCAUAGAUCUAUAAAAAUAAAAUGAGCUUUUUCAAAAGUACAAGGAAAUUAUCUUAAAAGAUUUCAAAGAUAAACAUUAUGUUGAAGAAUACAAACCAAGAGAUUGGAUACUUAUGGGUAAUAAAUUUAAUAUCCAUAAUCCAUAUAUACAUUGGACAGAAUCAAAAGAUGAGAAUGCCGAUAAAAUUAUGAAAGAAUUCUUUGUAAAGAACUUUUAACUAUUACUUUUCUUUGAUAGAAUACAACGUUUUGCUAAAUUGAUAAAAAAUGAAGGAUAUACAGGUUUAUAAAGAGAAACAAGAUUAUGUGUUUAGAAUUUAAUGAAAUAAGGUAAAAGAUUAGUAUUGGAAUUUCCUGUCUAUAAGGAAUAUGUUCCUUAUUUGAAUUCAUAUUAUAAAAUAGAGGAAUUACUUUCAGCUUCUUAUAUUGAUUAAAGAAAACGAUUUAUAUAAUUAGAUCAUUAUAAAUUAAUAGGAAGUAAAAUAAUAAAUUUAUUCAAUUAUUUGGUUUAUGGAAGAUGUGAAUUUGUAAGAUAUGAAUUUAAAUGGUUUGAUCCAAAUAUAUCUGCUAAGAAACCUAUGUUUAGUAAAUAUUAAUUAUAAUAAUUAAAUAGGAGCUGAAUCAGUUUGGUAUGAUUUUGUACCAUAUGUGCUUUUACUUUUGUUACCUACAAAAGUAAUGGGAAUUAAGAGAGUAGUUNUAUAGAUGUAUUUAUAAAACUGAUUAAAAACCUUAAUUAAUUUUCUUAAUGGAUAGGGUAAUUGAAUUAUUAAACUCAAAAAAAAUAUAGGAAUCUCCUGAGAAUAGAAGAUUACUUUUUAAUAAUCCUACAUACAAACCAUACUUAUUAUUAACUUACAAUGAAUUUAGAUAAUUGUUUAAAGUAGAUGAUAAUAAUGUUACUCGAUUCAAUAAAAUGAUCAUUUACACAGAGAUGGAUUACUACAACUACGUUUAUAAUCAAACUUGGGCAUAUAAAUGGUAUCCAUUGUUAUUCAAAUUUACUUUGAAUUGUGUUCGAAGGAGAUCAACAAGCAUCAUUUUUUCCUUGAUGUACUUGUACAGUGUUGAAGUAUUCUUAGAAAAAUUAUGUCUAUUUUAAUACGUGGAUGACAAAAUAAUAGAUGCCUCUGAAUAUUUCACAGCAGCUCUUUCCAAAGAAAAAAGUAAUCCUCAUCAAUAGCAUAGAUCUAUAAAAAUAAAAUGAGCUUUUUCAAAAGUACAAGGAAAUUAUCUUAAAAGAUUUCAAAGAUAAACAUUAUGUUGAAGAAUACAAACCAAGAGAUUGGAUACUUAUGGGUAAUAAAUUUAAUAUCCAUAAUCCAUAUAUACAUUGGACAGAAUCAAAAGAUGAGAAUGCCGAUAAAAUUAUGAAAGAAUUCUUUGUAAAGAACUUUUAACUAUUACUUUUCUUUGAUAGAAUACAACGUUUUGCUAAAUUGAUAAAAAAUGAAGGAUAUACAGGUUUAUAAAGAGAAACAAGAUUAUGUGUUUAGAAUUUAAUGAAAUAAGGUAAAAGAUUAGUAUUGGAAUUUCCUGUCUAUAAGGAAUAUGUUCCUUAUUUGAAUUCAUAUUAUAAAAUAGAGGAAUUACUUUCAGCUUCUUAUAUUGAUUAAAGAAAACGAUUUAUAUAAUUAGAUCAUUAUAAAUUAAUAGGAAGUAAAAUAAUAAAUUUAUUCAAUUAUUUGGUUUAUGGAAGAUGUGAAUUUGUAAGAUAUGAAUUUAAAUGGUUUGAUCCAAAUAUAUCUGCUAAGAAACCUAUGUUUAGUAAAUAUUAAUUAUAAUAAUUAAAUAGGAGCUGAAUCAGUUUGGUAUGAUUUUGUACCAUAUGUGCUUUUACUUUUGUUACCUACAAAAGUAAUGGGAAUUAAGAGAGUAGUUGGAAAUGCUAAAAAAUAUGCUGAUUAUGCAUCAACUUUAGGUUCAAAAGUUAAAUAAUAGACAUAGAAUUGA